GGGAAUCGUAUCGUCGCGGGUUCACUCACCAAAGUUACCCCAGUUACCGAGGAAGCUAUAAACAUGUCAGCAGCCGCUCCCAGAGGUGUUUGACUGGCGUAUCGAGGGUGGGCUCGGCGAGUGGUCGAGGGGGGAAAGGGCGCAUCAUGGCCUCAAUUGCACCGGUUUGGGCGCACUCACUUGUUGUGGCGGCCGAUGGGGGCAUUGCUGCCACCGCCGAGACGGACCUGUGUAGGCUGCAUUUUGAAUUGAGGGUGUAUCGAGACGGGCGCGUGGGCGGGAAUCAAUCGAAAUCGUAGUCGACGCAAGCGAAGUUCGGAAUAGCACGCGGCAGCUUGAAGUUGAAAUCAGUCGACAGAAGCCGAGAAGCAAUCCCCAAAGCGGCUUAGCGCCAAGUUGCGGUACGUAACCUGAAAAAAGCUCGCCCGUGCCGACCCCCCGGAUGCGCCCGGGCCACCUCUCAACGACGAACAUUUGGAAAGUGGGCUGCCCCCAGAGCUUCAUGUCCCCACUUCAGAAGAGCUCCAUCCAUUCCCAUCGCCAUCACCAUCGCAAAGGAAUCCCACCGACACAGUCGAGGUCAACAGCGCCUCUCUACACACAAUGGCCGCCAGAGGUCUCGGUUUCAUUUAUGCGGCUGCGCUCCCCGCAGUGGUCGGCGCAAGCUUUCUCCAGUCGGCCCUCUACGAUGUCAAGGGCGGUACCAGAGCUGUUAUUUUCGACAGGAUGUCCGGUGUAAAGGAGCAGGUCGUUAGCGAAGGCACACAUUUCCUCAUUCCCUGGCUGCAAAAGGCCAUCAUCUUCGAUGUACGGACAAAGCCUCGCAUCAUAGGCACCACCACCGGCUCCAAGGAUUUGCAAAUGGUCAGCUUGACGCUCAGAGUACUCCACAGGCCCGAUGUUCAGGCUCUCCCCAAGAUCUACCAGCAACUCGGCCAAGAUUACGAUGAGCGUGUGCUCCCCUCCAUCGGUAACGAAGUCCUCAAGUCUAUCGUUGCCCAGUUCGAUGCCGCCGAGCUCAUCACCCAGCGUGAGGCUGUCUCCAACCGGAUCCGGACCGACCUUAUGAAGCGUGCCCGCGAGUUCAACAUUGCUCUCGAGGAUGUGUCCAUCACUCACAUGACGUUCGGCAAGGAGUUCACCAAGGCCGUCGAGCAGAAGCAGAUUGCGCAGCAGGAUGCCGAGAGGGCGCGCUUCAUCGUUGAGCGGGCCGAGCAGGAGCGCCAGGCCAAUGUUAUUCGUGCCGAGGGUGAAGCCGAGAGUGCUGAGGCUAUCAGCAAGGCGAUUGCCAAGGCCGGCGAUGGUCUUAUCCAAGUGCGCAAAAUCGAGGCCAGCAGAGAGAUUGCGCAGACACUGGCUUCCAACCCCAAUGUGGCCUAUCUUCCAGGCGGUGGCAAGGGCACGAACCUGUUGAUGAACGUUGGGCGGGCGUAG